GGAAACAACCGGGAGACUGUGGAGGACAAACAACAUCUCGAGUGAUUUUGCAUACUCUGUGUCAUGACAGGUCAAUUCUUAAAUGCGACCAUAUGAGGACGAGGCAUGCAGAAACAGCAUGCCCUCUCGGCGUGAAUGUCGAAAAACAGACUGUUGCCUUCCUAUCACUUGCAGAAAUAGUGGUCAUACAGUGGAUGAAUUACCAUCCCCUCCAUGCUCCAGCUCCACUCUAAUAAGCGCUCGAUUGUUCACAAAAAUGGGGAGGAAAAAACCAGAGAGGGUGAAAAGAUAGAAAUCCAUUUGUAAGUCUGGGCUGUGACUAUUUGCAUGGUGAUGAAGGCCCUGAGUGUUCUGCAGUGUCUCAGACAAUAGAGCCUGUGUUUGUUCUUCCCCGGGAAGUUUGAGAAGGGCAGAAAAGGGGAGAGAAGAAGAAGAAAAGGGGAGGUCGUCAGCGGAGGGGAUUACGCAUUGUGAGAACCACGCGCAUUCGCUUCUGCUAUUGUGGUGACUGAAUUGCUUUCCGGUACCAAGGCAUUUAGUUAAGCAGAUUGUGUUUCUUUACACCCCACGAUGAUCUCUCUUGACGGCGGUUGGUGACAAGUGGCUUGGGGGACAGCAGAAUCACACAGAACAGAGACAUGAGCAUGCAUACAAACCACAUCAUAACGAGAUGGGAAACAGCACUGCCGGGAUCAUGAAUUACUGUGCUGUUGAAUGAAGAAUUGGUAACACUGGACCAGUGAAACCUCCAUCUUGUGUCCACUAACCAUGGGAAGUGCAGAGGAAAUGCACGGAUGGACAGUAAAAAUGAGCAUGCCCAGUGUUUUGGCCAUGGUUACGGUCUUUUCUAUGAUUCCUGGCGGGGUGCUGAGCGAUAUGAGAGGUACUCAGGGUCUGGAAGCCCAACAAUUGGCCCAGGGGUCCACUCAACUGCAUCGUCGCCUGAAGAGAGGCUGGAUCUGGAAACAGCUGUUUGUCCCCGAGGAAGAUCCCACUCCUCGUGUUAUUGGCCAGCUCAAAUCUGACUAUGACCGAGGCGAGUUUACCAUCAAGUACAUAUUAUCAGGAGAAGGCGCCGGUGAUGUCUUUGAGAUAGAUGAGUAUUCUGGUGAGAUCCGGGCACUGAAGAAGCUCGACCGAGAGGAAAAAGCCUUCUACGUCCUUCAAGCCCAGGCUAUCAACAGGAAGUCCAAUGAACCAGAGGAACCCCAGUCAGAGUUCAUCAUCAAGGUGCAGGACAUCAAUGACAAUGUCCCACAGUUCCUGAACGAACCAUAUGUGUCCAGCAUCCCUGAGAUGUGUCCAACGGGGACCACAGUGGCCCAGGUGACAGCCACAGAUGCUGAUGAUCCCAUGUUUGGAAACAACGCCAAGCUCAUCUACUCCAUCCUGCAGGGGGAGCCCUACUUCUCUGUGGAGCCAAAGACGGGGAUUAUUUUAACAUCUUGGCCAAACAUGGACCGCGAGGCCAGAGAACAGUACCUGGUGGUGGUGCAGGUGAAGGAUAUGCUGGGCCUCAGUGGCGGUUACUCCUCCUCCACCACUGUCACCGUCAGCCUGACUGAUGUCAACGACAAUGGACCCACAUUCCAGCACCACCUGUACACCUUUGCCGUCCCUGAAAAUGCAGCUGUGGGCACCACAGUGGGCAGGAUUAUGGCACAGGAUGGAGACACUGGCAUCAAUGCCAGGAUGACCUACAGUCUCGAACAUGACCUGGAGGAAAGCUCCACUUUUGUCAUCAAAACAGACCCAGUGACACAGGAGGGAGUGGUUCUGCUAGCCAAGCCUUUGGACUAUGAAACUAAAAGGCGUUUUGUAAUGGCCGCAGAAGCAGUCAAUGAUCACGUGGACACUCGGUUUCUGACUUUGGAGGAGUUCACAGACAGGACGACGCUCAAGAUUGUUGUGGAGGAUGUGGACGAGCCGCCUGUCUUCCUCUCAGCAGUCUACGAGUGGAAAGUUCCUGAAAAUGCAGCUGUGGGAACUCUGGUUGGCAGUGUUAGUGGCAGAGACACUGACACAGUCAACAAUCCCAUCAGAUAUUCAAUUGACAAAAGGAGCGAUAACACAAAAGCUUUCAAAAUAGACCCAAACAAUGGAACUAUAACUGUUGCUAAAGCUUUGGACCGCGAGACUACAAACUGGCACAAUGUGACUGUUGAAGCCAAGGAAACAACGCAGAACCAUUUAUCCUCCUCUGUGGUGGUGUUCAUCAAAGUGCUGGACAUAAACGACAAUGUGCCAAGGCUUGCAAGAGAUUACCAGCCAUAUAUCUGUGAGGGAACACAAGCGGGAGAACUCAUUCAGCUGCUCAGUGCUGUUGAUCCGGACGACCCUGUGGAGGGACACCACUUCUACUUCUCUAUGGUCCCUGAGAAGCACAUCAAUCCAAACUUCACUAUCAGAGACAAUCAAGACAAUACAGCCGGCAUCGUGGCACGCAGGAGUACCUUUACCCGCAAGGAUCGAACCCAGUACCUCCUGCCUGUUGUGGUGACGGACAGCGGCUCUCCAGCACUCUCCAGCACCAGCACUUUGACCAUCAAUGUGUGCAGCUGCCAGCCUGCUGGCCAUUGUCCCACCGGGGGGGUGGAGGCCCUCGCCCUGUCUAUGGGGGUCAGCCUGCAAACCUUGUUAGGGCUUCUGAUCUGCCUUGUCACACUCACUGUGCUGUCAAUUUUAAUGCUGAUGGUGAGGAGGCACAGGCGGAAGCAGCAGGAGGGAUUGGAGGUGGAGGUGAAGGAGCUGGAGCUGCCUGAGACGGUGUCGCAGAAGGUGCUGUAUUACGGAGAACUAGGGGGUGGAGGAGCAGGCCUGGACUUCUGCCAGCCCGCCGUACCACUGCGCCACCACCCCAGGAGGAGGGACAGGAGGCUGCGGAGGGAGGAUGUCAGGGCCAGCAUACGCAUGUCCCUCAGAGAAUCCCACCUCAUCGGUCCGGACGACGAGCUCUUCAGACAGUUUAUUUUGGACAGGCUGACAGAGGCGGAUCAGGAUCCUUACGUUCCCCCAUUUGACUGCCUAAAAACCUAUGCAUAUGAGGGGUCCGGGUCUCCCACAGGGUCCCUGAGCUCACUGGAGUCAUCUUCUUUGGAGCUUGAACCUGAGCAACGUCUUUGUAAUCCCAGACCCUACGUGGUUAAACUCACCCCUUGGUAUGGAGGAGACGAAGACACUGUAUUCUGAGGGGCUCUUCUUCUUCUCCUUAAAUGGCUGUUCUUCUAAUCUUUGCAUGGUAGACCAGUUCAGUGCAUUUCCAAUGACAUGACGUUGCACUUAAAGGAAAAACAUUUUGGAAAAUACGCUUAUUCUCUUUCUUGCCCAAAGUUAGAUGAUUUGAUUGAAACCACUCUCAUGUGUGUAGAGCAAAGUGUGUACAGUAAGCAAUAGCAGCAUGUUAGCUUAGCUUAGCUUAGAAUAACUACUGGAAACAGAGUGAAACUGCUAGCCUGACUCUUUCUUUAAAGGCUUGAGAAGUGCUGGUAGGCUUAAUUUUUUCUUCAUGGCUUUUACCCUCUGUUCCCAGUCUUUAUGCUAAGCUAAGCUAACUGGCAGCUGGCUCUAGCUUCAUAUUAAUCAUACAGACAUGUAAGUGGUAUUUCAUUCUCAUGCUACUCACAGUGAAAAAGGGGAGUGUAUUUCACAAAACGUUGACCUAUUCCUUUAAAGAUAGAAAUCAAACCGUAACAAUAAUAAUUUCAUGUGUGCCUUGCAUAUCUGGACCCUUUUUUUUUUAUUCUGUGUAUAACUUUCAACAUGGAUAACAUUACUUCAUGGUACAGCAACAAAGGAGUUUGAGCACAUUUUUGACUUUGUAUGUCAAAUAUAAAUGGUUAUGUUAAACUAUGUCUCAGUGCCUUAAAGUCAAAGGGCAAGGGGUUUCUUCCUACACUCACUCUUAUGCAACAAUCAAAUGCCAUUCAUCAAAUGUCAUCUAUGCUAUACAUCUGUUGUAGAAGGUGACACAAUCACUACUGCCCAAUCCCAUUCCCACAAAGAAAUCGUUUCCCAUCCCAAUCCAGGAAGAAUGACUCCUAUCCUGUUGUGUUUUUUGCAUAUAAAAACUGACCUAUUGUUAUAAUGAAUCCCAUCCUGCCCGCUCCUGUUGACUUUGUUCCCUGUCCUGACCCUGUCACGUGAUGAACAGUGAAAUUGACUCCCUGAAAAAAAUGUGAGCCUCUAGUCUGUUGUAGAAAGAGCAAAUAUUUACAAGACUAUUCUCACCAGAAAAUCUACACCAUUGGCCAUUUGUUUGAAUGCUAAAAACAACUUGUGUUUUUCCUGACAGGCAAACUCUUGUGGUUGUGCAAAUAGUGACUGUCCUCUCUAAGCAGCAAACGUGGGAUUAACAUGACAACAUGUUAAGUGUGCAAAGCAUGUGACUUAAAGGCAGCAUAAGUAGGAUUUCUCUGUUGCGGUUUGUACAACAUUCAAAGUUGACCCCACUUCCUCCCUGGCUCAACGACACCAGAAGCGCCUGCUCCCUGAUUCGUGCUCACCAGCGGGUGAAAGCCAACCAGAUUCACUCUCAUUUUGGAACGAGCUUUGUCUGCUUGGUGUUUUUCCUGCACUGUAUCUGACAUUUUUGUAGCUUCCUCUUGGAUGUGUGAUUGCGCAUACGUGGGGGCAACACACCCAGUACCCAAAGGGUGAUGCCCAGAAAAGAAAAGAAAGAGAAAAUACAACAAGAGGAUCGCAGGGGCUCUGCAGAUUCAUACACACUUUUAGUGGGUCAUAAGUGAUGAUUGAUAGGGAUGCUUUUUUAUGAGCCUAGCCAUAGUUUUUUAGGAAAAUCCUACUCAUUCUGCCUUUUCACACCAGAAGCUGCAGGUUGCAUUAUUUGUUCUACCAUGGUAAAGGUUUGUUGUUUUGUUCAACCUUAACCCUGACCCUUCCCCAACCUUUAAAGCUGCAUUCAUUUAUUUUUGUGGUCCACCCAGUGGAGCAAGCUGAAGACACAGUAUUAUCACGUUAUGAAGUUGUUGAAGAGUGCAACAAUGGGAUUCAUGCUUAAAUUAUUACAGUUAUUACAGUGUGACAAUAUUACACUCAUUGCAUAAUACCUACAGUAUUACUGACCUAUGAAAUUUACAUUUCUGAAAAUAUUUGUGGAAGCCAAUUAGCACUCAGUUCUCUAAGUAGGAAUCAGUCUUUGUCUGGUCAAAUGUUCCACCCAGAAGUUACAGGAACAGUUUUUUUUGUAGAGGCUAAGCCUCUACAUUUAAGUCUUUAAGUCUUUUAAGUCGGAUGCCUGAUGAAUCAGAGUCCAAGACAAACAUCCCAGGUUCAUUUAUUUUAUUCUGUUGACUUCUUAGUGUCUAUUAAACUCCAACAUGUUCCUACUUAUAGAACUGAGCGCUACUUGGCUCCUUCACUAUUUGUAAUAUCAUUCACUUCUUAUCCUGUUUUAUAUUUUGAAUAUUGGUUCAUAACAGUGUGUACUGUACAGUAUGUGUAUUUUUAUUUUACAUUAUGAAAUUAUAUAAAUUAAUGCAUACUUCCCUUGGGUACAUGUAUGGCAACAUAUUUUUUUAAAUAUAGAUUUUGUUUCCUGAUUAGCCUUAAAGUUCACAUACAGGAGAUCCAUUAAAUAUGAACUAUUUAACAU